AUGUUCAAAUUGGUAGCAAUGGGUGUUACAAUUUUUGUUUUGCCUUUUAAUGAUUGGAUUCAUUUGGAAAGAGAUGGAAGCCAAAUGACUAUAAUUAGGGGUAUUUCCGGGAGUGAUUGUGUUUAUGAAAAUGUUAACGCAAAAAUUCGUUGUACAAGAUGGAACGAUCCUUUGGAAAAUAGAGAAAAGUUUUGGUCAGGUUUUAACUUGAAUGCUGUCCAAAUUGAAAGGCUUAGUGGAAGUAGGUAUAUUUGA